AAGUUUUAGAGUGGUUGGGCUUUUUUAGAACCGUUCGUUGAUGUCGAUCUAACGGCAGACAAAUACGAAGUACUGGGUAGUACUCCGAUGAAAGUACGCGAAAGUACUAAAACGAGUGGGGCCGGUACUCGUGACAAGGUGGGGACGCGUUUUAAUCUAGGGGCAGUUUAGUCCUAGGAAAAUUUGCACGCGCCGCCCCUCUCGUCGAAUGCAUAACCGCCGCCAUGGUGCUACACAUUCCACAAUUACUCAUCGGCGGCCAUCUCCUCCCUCUCCUCCAUGUCCACCGCAGUCAUCUCCUCCUUCUUGCCGCUGCAACUUCGCUCCACUCAGGCAACCCCCCCCCCCCCCCUCUUCCACGGCAGAUCGAGCUGAUGGCCGGCGGCGAGAACACCGACUUCGUGCAGAUCGCCGGCGGCGACCAGGUCAAGUUGGCCAGGUUGAGGGAGAUCCGUUCUUGGUUUGACAACACAAGGCAGAUGAGCUGGACGGCAAUGGCCACUCUCAAGAAUUUGACGAAGAAGGAGAGGGCAAAGCUUUUCCCCCAGCCCGCGCAACCGAUUCAGAAGAUCGAGAUCCUCCUCUGGGCGAUGGAGCAGGCCAAUUCGUCCAGCGAGUGGACCAGGCGGAGGUGGUGGGCGUUCAGAUCCAGGGUAGAGCAUCCACUGGAUCAGGAACCCACCGUGCACGAGGUGCCGUUGCAGAUUGUGCAGCCUCCAACCGAGUCACCGGAGACUCCGAAGCGCAAGAUGAGGAGGACAGUGGUCGCGACCUCGCUUCCCCGCCGUUCUCCACGCUUCCCUCGCCGCUCUCCUCGUCUGAACGGCGGCGGUAGCUAUGUUUAGAGAAAAAACCUGGAGUUCACCAGGCUGGCUGAAGUUGUGAGGCUGGGAGGCUGAUGGUGCUG